AUGAGUAUCCGGUCGAUGGAUAGUCGUUUGGAAGUUUUGCGAAAUGGACAAGAUAUUGCCAAUAAAAGUCUGUUGUACAAUGUUGGAUCUAUACAGCAACCACAACAGCAGUUACCCAAUGCUGAUGUUGAUAAUGAAUCUAACAAAUCGGAUUCAUGGGUGGAACUGGCUAGUCCAUCGUCACGUGCAUCCAUGGUUAGUAUGAACGGCGGUGAUAAUGGUAGUGUGGUAAUGGUGGAUAGUGACGGAGUGGUUAUGAGCACUGAUAAUACGGCUGUCGUUGUUGGUGGAGGCAAUAGUAGUCCUUUUAAUCGACUUAGUCCGAUCAGUGGCCGCAGUGUUCCAAUUGAAUUGGUUAUCGAUGCUGGACAAGUUCAUGGCGGUGAUACAAUGGCGGUUCAUCACUAUACUCGCCAUGGACCAGGGCGUUGCACUGUUGCAACUACUGGAAUAAGUGGAUUAGGCCAAGGGACGAAGAGGACAGCUGAAUGGUUAGAAGAUUACAAUAGUCGACCGGAGGUGCAGAGAGGUGGUCUUCAAGCUCCAUCACCGGUGGAAACGGAAAUGUCGACGCCGCCAAAUAGUCUUGUCCCUGGAUUAGAUGUUGGAGAGCUCACUCAGAGUAGCUGUUGUGAAGAUGAGGAUGAGGAAUUAAGCGUUGAAGAUGAUGGUACGCACAUGUGUAGAUGCCGUAAGAUCGCAUGCAUUGGACAGGAAGCUUGUGAAAAAGGACAGUGGACUUUUAGUGGAUUGCUGGGCAUAAAUGGCGGUAAUGGACGUCGUGCACUGGUGCUUUACCUUGUAACAAAUUUGGUUACACUUGCGCUUGGUUUUGCGGUUGGAUUGACAGUUGGUCGAAAGUUGUCGAUGCUAUCGCAUUUCAGACAUCGUCACAUAUUUAAUUUUAGUUAA